GUCUUGAAGGCUGCAUAUGGAAGUUGUCCUGGCGGUGGUAGCCUGGAAGAGCCCGUGACAGCCUGUAGUGGUGGAAUGUGCUGCGGGAGACUUGACUUGUGCUAGUGUAAACACACCAUCACACUGGACUACCUCCCUAACUGUACUCUCUGAAGAAGUACUAGACAAUACCAAAGGCCUUUAAGAACUAUCAUGGAACAGAUCGUGGGAGAGUGACGGAGGGAAUCAUUAGCCAGAGAAUUCCAGUGUUGACUGUGGCGGCCAUCUUGAGCUGGUGAAGAACAGACUGGCCAUGGACGGGAGCUUGUAGGGUAAGGGGAGAAGCGAAUACGUGUGUUUGUGGUGACGGUGGUGUAAAGUCGGCAAGGUGGAGACUCCAGGAAUCAUCUCGUCCCUGUCUAAAGUGUUCACCAUGGGGACGGUGCUCAGCUUCAGCCCCAGGGAACAGAAACCCUACUACGGUGACUACACCCUCAACAACCACAACUACGAGACGCUCAACAAUGUGCGCAAUAAAGAAGUUGUUAACAAUGAGAACGCCAAUAUCCUCAGCGAGAAGAAUGCCUUGGAGAGAAAUUUUAAGAAACACUCUUUAUUUAUCAACGCCCUCAGCUGGAAGCGUUUCUCGAACACCAAUAAGAAGAAACUCGACAACAAAAACAAAAACUUGACGUUGCGUCAACCCCUGGACAACAUCCACCCGUUCAUUGACAACAACAAAAACAUCCAGAAGGCGCUGUCCUGCUACAAUAUCCGGCCCAGCUCCAUGGGUCACCUCGACCUAGUGAGGGUCAACAACAACAACGCCCACACGCCCACAGAGAAGCUGCCCCCGAAGGCUACCCUCACUUCGGCCCCCUCCACGCAUACCCAUGACCUCCGCAACGCCCUGGUGCCCGCCAGACCCCUGCCCCAGCACCAACACCACAAGCCCCACCACCAGCAUCACCACCAACUGGGGCCUGUACUAGCGCCCUCGCUCUCCACCACCAGUAGCAGCAGCAGCGGCGGGUGCCCCUCCACCGCCACUCCAGCGGGGGUCAGUCCUACUAAGAAGACGGUAAUCCAGGCCUCUACCUCAGAACUGCUCAAGUGCCUGGGACUCUACCUGCAUCGCACCUGCUCCCGCUUGAGGGAUUUCCAGGCUGGGGACGCAGUCAUGUGGCUCAGGACCGUCGAUCGUUCACUCCUGCUGCAGGGAUGGCAGGACAUCGCCUUCAUCAACCCAGCCAACGUGGUGUUCGUGUACAUGCUGGUGCGGGAGUUGGUGAGCGAGGAGGUCCACAGCGAGCAGGAGCUACAGGCAGUUGUCCUUACCUGCCUCUACCUCUCCUACUCCUACAUGGGUAACGAGAUCUCCUACCCGCUCAAGCCCUUCCUGGUCGAGGAGGACAAGGACCGCUUCUGGGACCGCUGCCUCUUCAUCAUCAACACCCUCAGCCCCUCCAUGCUGAGGAUCAACGCCGAGCCCUCCUUCUUUACGGAGGUGUUCACCGAGCUCAAGGCCUGCGGACAGCAGCAGCAGCAGCAACAGCAGCAGCAGCAUCAUCAUCAGCAUCAUCAGCAGCAGCAGCAGCAACAACAACAACAACAGCAGGUGCUAAGGACACAGCAGGUGAUGGUGCAGCAGCAAGUGCCACUGCCAGUACCACAGCAGCCGCAACAAACGGCAGCUUGAGGGGCGUAGGACUGGGCAAACGCACACUCAUACUCAGUAGGAAGAAGACUGCUUUGUUGUUGUUAUUGUGGGGGGCGUCGCCUCCACCUAGGGAAACGAGUCGUCCUAGGGAAAUGUUUUAAGAGAAACUGGCCACCAGUUGUGGAGUAAAGGGGAACCCAGGGGAUUAUCUGAGUGAAUUAUGGGAGCUCUUGCAGGGUGACGGCUCUCUAUGGUGCCUAGGGGAGCUCCUUCGCGGUGACGGCUAGCUAGGGAGUCGAGGGGAUCCCAGGGGAGGGAGCAUCUAGGGAAACGAGGACGGGGGAAGUGAGGAGCUCGUGUGAGGUGACGGCUGGAUAGAGACCUGCACAGGCUGGGCCUCAGGUGAACCAGGGCCGCCCUUAGAGUCUUCCAGGGCGACCACCCACAACCUCUGUCCACCCAAACCAGCGUCCAGGGCUCCACCAUGCACUCCCGUCUGGUUCGUGACAUCUUCUAGUCAAUAAUAAUCUAGUCGCAAACUGGUAAAACCGAAAAAAAAAUUUGAAAUGGGUCCCUUUAUGUUCUCAAGAGCUAGACCAAGAGUCCCUCGUAGUGCAGACUACAUUUCCGCUUCCCGGUGUUGGUCUCAGGCUGGUCUGCUGGUCUCAGGCAGGUCUGCUGGUCUCAGGCAGGACUGCUGGUCCCAGACAGGUCGCAGUACCAAGGGUCAAGUGGUGGCGGCACUGAUGAGAGAGAUGGAUGACUCUUGGUUGCGUUUAGUAUGUACAGUACAGUGGAGGCAUUGUUGAUGCUAGUCUUUCCCUGGGUUGUUGUAUCUUUAAACAGGUUGAGUAGAGACUUGUUGCGUUGUGUUGCAGGUUAUUCUCUGUAAGGGACCAGCGGCACUGGACCACACAGCUCUGGAGGUCAACUAACAGGAGGCCUGAUGCUGUGGCGUAGUUAGUUAACACUCGGGCCUCAAGGACUAACGUUUUAGUAAGUCUGUAAGGUUUGGGGACAAUUCGUUUUGGUGGUUAAGGUCCCAGUUUUAUAAGGUUGUGGAGGAGCUUCUGGUGUACAGCAUCUGAUGGAGGAAACAGUGAAGCUGAAUCAACAAGAGCUGUGGGGGUCUUUGAGUGUUGAGAGUCUCCUGAUCAAAAAGGUUUUGUGGUGGCCAGUGGCUGAUGAGAGGCCACGACCCACGGGCUGGUGUGACCCCUGGACAGUUCUCACGCUGGGGAUGAUCUAGCCCCAGUGCAGAUCUCAGAGCCCCGUCAUGGGUCGUGUCAGGCCAAGCCUAAAAACCUCUGCCCAUUACAGGUCACAAAAGGUCAUAUAAGCCUGGCGACAGUCACGUGGCCCAUCUCGUGUGCUACUCUGAACCACCACAACCCGGCCCACGAACUCACUACUGUAAUAUACAUAUAAACCAAUAUUCUUGCCGUUCUUUGUGGGUUUAGACACUUAUUUAAACAGACCCGAUGACGUAGCACUAAUCAAGAGUGCUACAAUAAUUGCAUUAUAAAACAAGACUGACUCACGCCAGGGUCUGGCUGACUAUUGCGCCACACAUGUAAACCAACCAAACUUAAUCCUAACCUAAUUUAGGUAAUACUGCAUGGCCUCUGUUAAGUUAGGUUAGCUUAGGUUUGGUUGGGUCCUCAGAGAAGGUUUUGUGGCGUGGCAUCAUGUUGGGACUCAGGUGAACACAGUAACGUCAGGCAGGUGUUGCCCCCACCUGGGCCGGGUUGGGCUGGCGAUUACGGAGUACAACACUAAUCAAAUACACUAAACUAAACUAAACCUUCACUACAUUGCCGUGACAACAAAGUCGCUCCUGGUUUAUUCAUUCUUAGAUUUAAAACUAUUUUUUUUAAGUAUAUACAUAUAAUACAAUUAACAGCCCAAAUACCCCCUUUGUUACACCUUCCCUGUAUUAUGUGUGAGGCCAGAGCUUUGAUCAUUCAUUACUGAUGAAUGUCAAUACAAUUUGUACCAGAUGCAUGGUUGUGCUUCGAGUUUAUUACUACCGAGGAUUAUACAAAAUCCUGGAGCAUUAACUGAUGAUGAUGAAACAUGCUCCGCGUGGUGUGUAUGCUCCGUGGAUGGUAUAAAAUGCUCCGCGUGGUGUAUAUGCUCCGUGGGUGGUAUAAAAUGUUCUGCGUGGUGUAUAUGCUCCGUGGAUGGUAUAAAAUGCUCCACGUGGUAUAUAUGCUCCGCGGAGCAUAAAAUGCUCCUUGGGAACAUAACCUAUAAUUCUCGCUGUUGCCAAUGAUAAUACCAAAGAAAUAUUCUAAUUGUGUGAUACUGUGAGUCAGGUUACCUUCUCGACCCACGGCGCUGAGACUGUAGGGGCGGACAGUUGGGGUAAGGUCAGGUCACGUCAAUCAAGGUCAAGUUAGGUCAAGUGAGUCAAGGUCAAGUCAGGUCACGUGAGUCAAUGUCAAGUUAGCUCACCUCAGUCAAGGUCAAUUCAGACAGGUUAAGGUCAGGUCACGUCAGUCAAGGUCAAGUCAGGCAAGUCAGGUCAGGUCAACAAUUGUAAAAAGUUCCGUAAAUUUUAAAAGUUUAUAAUUUUUUGUUUACAUAAUUUCCCCCCUUUGUAUUUGUUAACCGCAAACAAAGAUGCUAAUUAUUUACUGUCGGGUCUUGAUAACAAACUACUGACGUCACUCUACCCAGGGUCUCGGGGUCGUUACAAUCAUCGCCGUCAACAGCGACCUAAUUCCGGCCGAUCGUCCUUAAAAUGGCGUUGAUCUGAGCGGACUCACUGUGUGGCGGUUUGGGCGUCUAAUCUCCAGUGGUGAUAAGCGCUGUCAACAGAUUUAUUAUAUACGUGAGCAUUCAACAUCGGGCUGAGAAUUUUUAAGUAACACGGCGGCCGCAACAUCGCUCACACGGCGGCUGCAACAUCACUCACACGGCGGCUGCAACAUCGCUCACACGGCGGCUGCAACAUCACUCACACGGCGGCUGCAACAUCGCUCACACUGAGGCAAGAACUUAACUCUCAAUAACAUCCAGAAUUCCGUGAAACAAAAGACUCUCGCUCGUACACUCCUCGGGUCCGCUCCUGAUCGUCUCCCUCAACCUCUGGCGCAGCGAGUUCUAAAAUCUCUACAGAAUGAAUUAAAUUAUUAUCAGAAAUAUAGAGACGUUUGAUGUAGAGUGGAGGAAAGACUUUUACUUGGUCUAGUGUAUCAACAUUUUAAAACUACAUGAAGGUCUUGUAGAUUUUUUGGGGGCAGUGAGGAAGAGGGAGAAGAAGAAGAGGGGGAGUGAGGAAGAGGGAGAAGAAGAAGAGGAGGAGUGAAGAGGAGGAGGAGGAUGAUAAAGUGAGAUGAUCUUGAAAUGUCAGUUUGGAUUAGAGGAAUAAUUGAUAGACUAAUCUGAGCUUACGUUAGUUUGUUUAGAAGUUUAUUGAGGGAUUGUUACAAGAUAAUAUAUCAGGAGGUGUUCUUGAUAAUCUCUCGUAGGGGGGGGGGAGAGGGAGAGAGAGAGAGAGAGAGAGAGCUGACGCAUAACACUGUCUUGCCCCCACAGUCGCCGCCAUGCCGUUUAAAAAUAGAAGAAAAAAGUUGA